AAGCCAUUCAGAUAAAAAUAUACUUUUAAUCAAAAAUCAGUACAAGAUACAUACAUUAUGAACAUACCUUCCUAGAGACGCACGAUGAUUGAAUAUAAACUAGUAAUUCUGGGCGAUGCGCAGGUGGGAAAGACGUCGUUGAUGAACCGCGUUUUAUAUGAAAUGUUCGAGGAGGAGUAUAAGCCCACCAUUGGUGUGGAUGUGAACUCGUUCACCAUUCAAACCAACCGAGGAUUCAUUCGCUUUAUCGUAUGGGACACCGCUGGCCAGGAGGAGUUGUGCGGCCUGCGCGAUGGCUACUACAUCAACGCCCAAUGUGCCAUCAUAAUGGUCGACGAGGCCUCGCACCGUACCUAUAGAGCCUGGCACCUCGAUCUGGUGCGCGUCUGCAAGAAUAUCCCGGUGGUCAUCUGCGGCAACAAGAGUGAAAAUCAGAAAGAACGCAUGUCGGCCCUGCAGGUAACAUUUGGCCGGAUGAACCUUGUCUACUACGGCAUUUCGGUGAAGUUUAAAAUGAACCUGGAGAUGCCAUUCAUGUAUCUCGCCCGCAAGCUAACUGGCGAUCGAUCUUUGACGCUGGUCAGGCCCCCAGAACCCAAUUUUUUGGACGUAUUAAACGAGACACCCCCGGAGGAAGAGCUCGAGAGAGAAGACCUUUAAUUAUUUCUGUUUCAAAAUUCAUACUCUGUUCUCGGAUACGGUUCUGUCGACGUCUUCCUCCGGCACAUGCAGCGAUACUCGUCACAAACCCGAUCGUCCUUGCCAUCGCACACAUAUGGGGUGCCUUCAGCCAUCAGCAUCGUGAUGGAGACUCCAAGGAGCAGAAACGACAGCCAGCGCAUCUUUGUCAAGGAUCUCCGGCAAGCAAUAGUCUUGAAAAAUCUAUCUCAGUUCACAUUUUAUUUAGACGGGAGCGUAUCUAAAAUUUUUAAUGCGUCUAAUUGCUAUCCAAAGCGUGAAAAAUGUAAAUUUAUACGAGCUUUUAAGCCAUAACCUUCUAAAUUUAUAUUGAAACAAAAGUAUUGUGUUUUAAAUAAAGUGUUUUAAAGUUAAAGUGAA